GUUAAUUUGAAGUUGCGAAUCUGCGAUACGGAAGUGAAGUCUUGCACCAGGCAGGAACCCACGUGUGCAGCUACCAGGGGGAAGCAACAGAGAGGCUUCAGUCUGUGCAGCUUAGAAACACCCGACUUAUAUCUGCUUUGCACUAAACUAUUUGUGCGUUAUUACACUCCAGGACAUUUUUCAUAAUGUCUUCUUUUCGGAAAGCGUUGAAAUCCCGACAGAGGAACCACCAUGAACGAUCUCAGCCUGGUUUCAGGAAACAUCUGGGAUUGCUGGAGAAGAAGAAAGACUACAAACUCCGUGCAGAUGAUUACCACAAGAAACAAAACACUCUCUCUGCUCUGCGAAAGAAAGCUCUGGAUAAGAACCCAGAUGAGUUUUACUACAACAUGAUCAGCUCUCAGCUGCAGGAUGGAGUUCAUGUACCGAAGAGAGACAACGAGGAAGUGGAGAUGACAGAGGAGCAGAAGAACGUGAUGAGGACGCAGGAUAUCAAAUAUGUGGAGAUGAAAAGGAUGGCCGAGGCUAAGAAAAUUGAGAGGAUGAAAGGAGAGCUCCAUAUUCUGGAUGCAGACAGCAAACAGAAGAACAAGCAUACAUUCUUUGUGAAUUCCAAGAAGGAAGUGCAGUCAUUCGACCUGGCAAACCACCUCAACACGGCUCCUGAGCUGGUGGACAGAGUGUUCAACAGACCAACCAUGAAGACUUUGGAGACGAAGACUAUCCAGGGAGCGGCAGAUUCUCUCAGUAUAAAGAAGAUGACCAAGCAGAGGAACCACCAGUAUAAGAUCCUUUCCCAGAGGAUCGACAGGGAAAAGAAAAUGUUUGUAAUCAGCCAGAAGAUUCAGACCCGCAAGGACCUGCAGGAUAGGAACAAGAAAGUGAAGGAGAAAAAGGAGACACCCAAUGCUGCCGCUAUCUACAAGUUUGAGACCAAGAGGAAGCGCUGACGGGGCGUUAUCUUCACGCUAAGAAGAAAUCACCAACUGGUGAAAUACUGGACUUCUCCAUCACACCAGAGAAAUGGGAUCAUUUUCUUUCCCUUCAAUCUUGUUGCAGUUUUGUACAUAUGUAUCUACAACUUUUUAGUUUCUUUCAAAUAAAUGUGAGCAGAAGAUACACA